AUGCAAUCGUUUGGACACGGCGUUGGUGAGCAGCCAGUCUGCCCUCGCUCGACGAUCACGCUGUGCUCACCGAAUCAGCACCCCCCCCCCGCCCCACGCGAGUCCUCGGGAGGAGUAUCGACCGCUGCCGCCCCACCGACGUCGAGCGACGCCCGCACAGGCGCGCUCACGCUGGCUCGCAAAGCGCCCAAGCGGUCAAGGGUACAAAUUCGGAGCAUUCGCGUGCGCAGUGCGCCUCGUGGGCCAUCAGGGGCGACGCGGCCCGUUUCCGGCAGGGACACCGCACCACCGCACUGGCGCUGUUACCUUUCGAAGUCUGCCGAAGCGUCCACCCCGUCGGCGCCUACGCGCAUCUCUUCCGCCGCUGCGACGAUGACGUCGAGCCCGCCGGCGCACGCAAACACGACCAGCUCUGCACUGCCCAUACCACGCUUACACACCGCUCGUACCUCGGCCUCCUUGGAGGCAUUUUUGCUGAGCUUCCAGAACUGCCUCCACAGGCAAGAGAUCUUGUUCCAGCGUGUCGACACCGCCGUCGCCCAACUCGAGAGUGCGCGCGUCAACGCCGGCGGCGCGACGGUUUUCCCGCCUUCCUCGGCCCCGACAGCCUCUCUUUGGGGCAGCGGCUCGCUGCCGCGGUACGUGUUGCCAUCGCACCUAUCUUCCUGUGCCCCCGCGGCGGCCGUAGCAGGUGCGUCGCCGACGCGACCAAACAAGACUGUAACCUUUCCAGGUGCUGUUACCGGAGCAAGGCGCAGCGACGGCGUCCAUGACGUUGCCAGCUCUGACAUCCCCACGGACGGCGCGCCGGUGCUCUCCAUCUCCUCCUCCCAGCAGGAGCUCCCGCUCGCGGACGUUUUCCACCACGCGCAGCGGCAUCCGCUGGGCCAAAGCACAGGGUCUUCGACGCUCUCCUUGUCCGUUGUCGUGAUGCAGCCCGCGUUGGAGCGCGUUGGCGGCAACGACGUUGGCUCGUCGAUGGUGUGCUCCUCCUCGCAAGGCCUCCUAUCCCCGCCCCAGCAGACGUCGCCGCUCCUCACGUUGCCGACCUACGUUCGGCUUGACGGCGCGGCACUGACACCGACCUCGGCAGCGCCAUCUAGGCUCUUUCAUCCACACACCCUGUUCCCUUCCUCGACGCCGGGGACACCGCUGUCGCCGGCUCGCUUGGCCACCACGCAGCAGCAACUCCCCAUGAGCAACACCGGGUGCAGAGGUAGCUUGCCACUGAACACAAAGGCGACGUCUCUGGUGACCGAAUCCCCGCCCAUCUCUGGCAGCGGAGGGGUUCCGGGCACGCAGCGAUACCCAGCGGCGGACGCGGAGAUCGUCGCCGGUGACCCAGCCACGGAAGACCCUAUGCUGCCCGCGCCUGCCGAAGGAAAGGAUGCACAGGAGGCAGCCGCGCCAUGUUGCAUGGCGAGCACCGCCGCGGAGAACACCGCACGUGAGGAUGCGGAGGGGAGCGCCGGGGGUAGACGAAAGGGCGCUGCUGCGACCAAGUUGUCCGGUGACGAGAGCGCCUCCGCUUCUCCGCUGACGCACAGUGUGCCGAUGCCCUACCUCACCACCGCCAUCUCUGGCGCAGACCAGAGCUUCAACAGCGGCUGCUGCGGCGCAGGGAGCGAUGGCGUGCCGACGUGGUCCAGCGCCACACCUGGGCAUGCGAAGAGCGGAAGCCUUCGCAUCGGCGGCAUUCCCGACUCUUCCGUGGUAAGCGUCUUCAGCGAGAGCGCGGACAGCGUCUCGCUCUCGCCCCUCUCGCGCCCGCCGUCGAUUUGGGUAGGCAGUCCGAGGGCGCGAAGCACCCUCGGUCCGACGUCGCCGCAUCAAGCGCCGCUGCAGCUGCAACAGCACUCCUCGCUUGGCGGGAGCAGUAUCAGCACAGCAUGGAUUUCACCUCGCCGUGUGGCGAACAGCCACAACAGCCGCAGCAGCAGCAACACUGCUGGGGCGAUGCAGGCAUCGGCGAACCGGUCCCCCCGCACAGCGGCCGCGUUGGAGAACCCGCGACACCCGUCGACGGCGGUGAACUCCGCCAGCUCUCUGCCGUCGACGAGUCAACAGCAACCGCAGCAGCGCAGCUCAGGGGACGUGCUCUCGCCCUUGUCCGGGCAGUGGCUGUUGUCGCCCUCCCCGACACCAAGAGUUUCGCGACGUACGAGUGGCGUGGCGCACCGCAGCAGCGUCCAGAUGACCUCUGUCAACUUUUCAGGCAGCGGCACCCAGAACAUCGGCGGAAACAGCACCAGCGGCAACGGUGGGGGGCUGGUAACGGUGAUGUCAUCGAUUAUAGUGGAGGGGAACGUCGUUUCCAGCCUUUCCUCGACGUCUCCUCUGGUGCCGCCGUGCUUUCCUGACAGCGGCGGCGUUGUCACGGGUGCGGCUCAAGCAGUGACGUCGCCAGUACCGACUUGUCGCCAACUCACCCUAUCGCCAUCGCCGUCGGCUGAGGAAGCCGAUCGCGAUGACUCCUUCCAGGAAAUCUCGCUGCGGUCGCCCAUUGACCUGGCCGAGGAGGCGGACGAAGAAGAUGCGCAGCAGCUGCAACAGUUGGCAAACCGCUACGCCCCGCCACCGCCACCACCGUCGUUGACAGAGUUGCAGCAGCAGCAGAACCAGCGUCGUCGCUGGAGUGCGCCACCAGUGCCCACCAUGAGGCGUCCACCCAUGGCACCUCUGCGUCAUCCCGACGCUGCUUGCCCGGCAGCGCUUCGGAAUGAGGAGGAGCGGCUGCGCAGCUCCACGCCACCGGUUGCGAGGCCAGAGCAGUGGCUGUCGUUCGAGCAACAGCACGAGCGGCUGCACCUGCCCGAGUGCUGGCGUGAUAGCGAGGUGAUCGUCGUCGACCAUGCGAAGAAGGACAGGGAACGUGAUUCCGAGGAGGCAGAGCGUCUGCUAGAGCUGGAGGAGGAGCUGCUGAGAGAGCUGCGGCAAAACCAAUCAGACCAGAUGGAUGGCAGCGGUCUACUUCGGCGGGGCCGGCGACGGGGAAGCCGGCACAGACACUUGAUGGCAGGCGCCAACGCCGCCGGCGAGACAAUAGACGAGGAGGAGCUUGAUUGGGGCGAUGACUCAGUCGAUGAGGCCGCGGCUGACGCUGCCUACGAAGCACGCCUAGCGCGCUACGGCAGAGCGAUGCUGCUGCACCGACGCGGCCGCUCUCACGCCUCACUGUACCGCGAGGGCGGCGAAGGGUGCUCGUGCGGUAGCUGCCCAUCUACCACGAGCUGUUGUUGCCGGCGCCGACCCGUUAGCGGAGGAGACCGGCAGGGCUUCCCCUCUGACACCACCGCCUCGUUGAGAGGGGCGCCCAGCGGUGAGAGCACCACUCUCCCAGCUGCCACGGGCGCCCCUGCAGGCUCGCCCGUGCUCCCAGCGCGCAACUUCAGCCGUCGCCACUCAGCCCCGGCGACCAUCUGGGGCGCCGAUCACGGGGCAGGGUGGCGUGACCUGCAGGCACGGUUCGAAGAGCUCAUCAGUAUUCAGCAGCGCAGUCGCGGAAGUGAGCGGGAUGGCGCCGAUGGCACAACUCUUGGCGAGCAGUCGUUAUCCACACUGGCGAACAACACGGCGUCCAGUCCCAUGCAAGAAGGUCUCGCCAGCGGUAUAUCACGUCGCCGUCGCAGCCGCAGCUUUGGCCAAGAAGUUACCGCCUGUCCACCGCAUCUGGUGGGCAGGCGGGCACCGAGCGCCGCACCUCCGACGACCGACCUCCUCAGUUCCUACCGCGACAACAUGCCGCAUGGCGGCGACGGGAGCAGUGGUUUGCCUGCUCCAUCUCCGCACGCUGCUGCUGCGGCACCGACGCCGCUCGAGCGUACACACACCCACUCGGGCUCAAGCGGCUACCGCCGCGUCCAGUGGGGGAGGGAAGCUGAAGCCGAUGCAGCGCCGUCGCCGCCCUCGCAGGCACCCGAAAAGCAGCGCAUCUCUUCUGCCGCUCUUUCUCCAUACUCAUCCACGCCUCCGUCGCCGCCAGAGCAGGACGACACGCCAGGGCAGUCGAGCCACGCCCGCGUGUCGGCUGUCUGCACGAAUCCGCCCGCGUUUCUCACGUCUCCAAGGCACCCGUCCGUGACGGUGAACGCGGCCCACGCAGCGAGCACGAGGGGCUCUGCCGAGGCGCGCAAGGAGGCCGCCACGUACGACAGUGACGUGGAAGAGGACGAAAGGGAUCCGAAGAGCGCCAUGGCCGCGCGCACGCCCGUGGCGUCAACCGCGCAACGGACACUGAGGCUGCACUUCACGCGCCCUUCCCACACGGCGUCGUCGAUGGGCAUACUGGGCCGGCCGCGACGCGCCAUGGGUCUGCACAGUGCGCCGGGAAAGGGGCGCCAAAACACGAAAGCCCCCCAGGCGGGUCGCACCGACGGUGAGUCCAAGACGGGUGCGACGCCGUCAACAACCCGAACGCUGUCUGCGCGGCAGAAGUCGCACGCGGCGGCGGCGUCGUCUGCGGUGCCAGCCGCCAGCGGAAGGCGUGGCAACACUGCCGCUUCGCGGUCUGGCAGCUGCGGCUCCGCCAGAGGCCCGCGGAUUGUCGGCAGCGGAGGAGGGCGCUGUGCUCGCUGCAGCGGCGCGAGCCCGGCUUCCCUCGACACCGCGGCCGCCGCUUCCAUCGUCCCUACGAAGGAGGCGGAUGACGGGGCACCGACGGCCGCGACGGAGUCGAACAGCCACGGCACCACUCGCGCCGACACGGGGACAACGAUGUCAGCGACGCAUCCAUCUGACCACGCGCUCGAUGGCGGUGAGCUUGUAGAGCCGUUCUCGGCGGUGUUUGUGGUCGCCGCGCCAGCCGCCGCGCCGUCGCCGCCAACGACCACGCAGAAAAACGCGCGUGACAGCGGGACGCAGCGCGGACGACUGCGAGACAGCAAGGCCAGCUCCAGCCGGGACGCUGACAAGGACCACGACGCCCACGACGCUUCCCUCUCGUCGCCUCCACGGCAUCGGCACCGCAGACACGCUGGGGCAGAGGGCGAGACCGCCGUUUCGGCCCGCCCGCCGCACAAGGCAAGUGCCCGGCAUGCACCGGGGCUUCCAGAAAACGAAGCAAGGCACCCGGACGGCGGUGCUGCAGCAGGAACGACCGCGCUGGAGGGCGCUGACUCGCGCGCGCUGCUGCGACGACUUGCCCAGCAGAAAGACCGCACCCGGGCCAUGGAAGAGCGCCUGCGAUUCGGCGUCAACAGCACCGCCUUGGCGAACCCUAAUAGCGGCAGCCACAGUGCCUGCAGCGGCUGCGGCAGUGGUGUUGUGUGGAAUGACGGGCACAUCACAGGCAGAUGGGGACUGGAGUCGGAGAGCUGCACGCCGACGAGCGGCGCCGCGCGGGCGUGCGUGGCUGCUGACCUGGCUCGCCAGGACUUCAGCACACCGUCAAACAUGUACUCGGUGAGUGCAGCCACCGGAGACACCACCUUGGACAUUCCUGCGACUCGCGCCAGCACGGCUCGGCACGGCGGCAGUCCCGCGGCGGACGCCCCCCACGUGACAGUGGUCGACCCUGCCGAAGCCACGACUGUCGGCGGCGUGCACGCCGUUCAUCCCGGCGCGGGUGCUGGCGCACAGCAGACCUCCUCCAAUCCACGCCGGCGCCGCGUCGAUCUGCGCUCGCGCCUGGUGUCGAGGCUAACUGCCGUCUCGUCGUCUCUGUCAGCGAGCCCCGCGAAGCGGCACAAGGGCUGCACGGCAACCGUCACAUCGGCCACCAACGCCACCGUUGCUGCAACAGCGGUCUUAGCCCAAGGCUUCCGCCGCGCCGAGAGCGCCUACAGUAUACGCUCUCGCUCCCCCACGUACGUCAACAUGAUGCACCAUGCGGGCUACGGCGAUCGCCGCCGGCACAGCAUCGGCGGCGACGUGCUGCCACCCACUACGUUAUCCAUCUCCGAGCGCCAGCUGCGUUCUUCGCGGGCGCCGGUGGCCAGUCAGCUGAUCGACUGGGUUCGGGGCGGCGAAUAA